CGGCCUUGGCUCUGUUUUCUGUCUCCCGCGCUCCAGUCUCUCCGCACGCGGCUCUCUCGCCGGAAUGAUGGCAGUGUAGCGGCUAACAGCGCAACAAUCGCAGCGGCGAAUCCGGCAGUGCAGCGGUCAAGUGCACUGGCUCUGUUUGGCAAAAUGGCGUCCCUUGUGGCAUCCACCCACAGCUCUGCUGCUGUAGACAGCACCACCUCCUGGUUCUCCAUCGCUCCAGAACCCCAGUCCCGCUCCGCUCCAGCUCCGACCGUCUGUCAUGUCUCUGAGUCUGGAGGACGUGGGGGCCCUGUUCCUUGGGCCCUCGUCUCUGAUGGCUGACCCCUUCGGGCCCCUUCUGGACGAUGAUGAGGAGAGCACUCUGUCGGAGGGGUGGUCAUCACCCCUCUCCUCUUCCUCGCCCCUCUCUCCCUCUCGUCCCGCUUCUGUAGGGUGUGAGUCUCUCUCCUGGACGCCUGCACAAACAGAGCUCGAGCAGAGCAAAGCAGGCGACGUGUUCUCUGGCAUGGAUUGGAUGACGGAGAAGUUAGACCUGAGUGACUUGGACCUGGAUUCUCUCAUCGGAUCGUGUGAUUCAGACGAGCCUCCCAGUUCUCCGGAGGAACUGCUGGCCUGCCUGGACACACUUCCGUUCGGCUCCUCCGAGCUGGGCCUGGCUCUGCCUCCGCUGACCCUUGACCUUCAGGAGCCUGUCGAGGUCAAGUCUGAGCCUGCGUCUCCGGUCCCCAGCUACACACUGGAGCUGGGCAGCGAGGUGUCUGUGAUCCAGUCCGCUGAACUCAUGCUGACUCCUUCCCACAUCGUGCUGCUGCUGACUCCCACAGCGGAUCCGUCCGACAGCGACAGCGGGAUCUCCGUCUCCGGAUCAGAUCCCGAAUCCUCCCCGAAGCACGCAGGCUCCUCCAGAACCAAACCCUACUCCAGACCCGACCCGGCCGGCGCUCCUAAAGUGGUGGAGAAGAAACUGAAGAAGAUGGAGCAGAACAAAACGGCAGCGACGCGCUAUCGGCAGAAGAAGCGCUCCGAGCAGGAGACGCUGAGCUCCGAGUGUGCCGAGCUGGAGAAGAGAAACCAGCAGCUCCAGGAGCGAGCCGAGUCCAUCAGCCGAGAGAUCCGCUAUCUGAAGGACCUCAUGGAGGAGAUCCAGUCUGCCAAGAACCGCAGGAGCAAAGCCAAACCCCAGGACACUGUCAGCGCUGGUCAGGGUUAGGUGCUUCCUCUGGUGUCUUUGAUCUAAACUCUUUCUCUCUUUCUCUCCAGUCGUUAAUCGUCCAGAAGGGGCUCAUCGGUCAUUGUUACACUGAAUCUGUUGCUGUAGAGCUUGUAAAUAGGCUUCACAUGUGCUAUUUAAACUGGCUACACAUGCUGGAUCUGCAUCGGUGUAGCUGUGAAAUCACUUGUUUUCCAAUAAAGAUGCUUUCAGAAUCA